UAGCUCUCAGCCAUUGUCUUUUUUCGUUCAGGCGUUUCCUCAAACAGGUGAUGGUUCAAGACGAUGAAUUCUUAUAACACUGUUUUCAUCAAUAACUCUCUCUCACAAGUCAGUUGUUUAAAGUGAUGGCCAACCGAAUAGUCUCCAGGACUAACUGCACACACACUGUCCACAUCCACAUACAACAUCGCUCAAUGACAACCAGUAAACGAGUCCAAGACAGGAGCCAAAAAAAGAGAGUCCACGAUCUCGAAAUCGUGACCGAAAAGCACAAGAUCACCUCAAAAAUCUUAUUCUUGUUCGAAAUUCUCAAGCAAGAACCCGAACAAAUCAUACCCAUGAAGUCACUCGACCAAUAUCGACGCCAAAUCAAUCUACCAAAACCCCACAAAAUCUCAGACUUCCUCCGAAAAUCCCCUAAACUUUUCGAACUUUACAAGGACCAAAAGGGUGUAUUGUGGUGUGGAAUGACGAGGAUAGGCGAAGAGUUAGUUAAAGAAGAAGAGAAAAUCAUUGAAGCUCACCAAGACAAAGCUGCAGAGUAUGUAACAAAAAUGUUAAUGAUGUCUCUUGAUAAGAGACUAAGAUUAGACAAGAUUGCGCAUUUUCGGAGGGAUAUGGGAUUGCCAUUUGAUUUUAGAGACAAAUGGGUGUAUAAAUAUCCGGAAUUAUUUAAAGUAGUUCAACCAUUUCAACCAGAUGACGAGAGUCAGUUUCUGGAGUUGGUUUCUUGGAAUCCUUCUUGGGCGGUAACAGAAAUAGAAAAGAAAGUUUUGGGUGCGUCAGAUUUAACUGAUCAUGUGCCGGGGUUGCUUUACUUGGCUUUUCCAAUGAAGUUUCCGUCGAAUUAUAAGAAAGUGUAUAGAUAUGGUGGACAGAUUGACCAUUUUCAGAAGAUGGAGUAUUUAUCUCCAUAUGCGGAUGCUAGGGGGCUAAAGGCCGGGUCUAAGGAAUUUGAUAAAAGGGCUGUGGCUGUAAUGCACGAGCUGUUGAGUUUUACUCUUGAGAAGAGGUUGGUGACUGAUCAUUUGACACAUUUUCGAAGGGAGUUUGUGAUGCCCCAGAAGUUGAUGAGACUGUUAUUGAAGCAUUUUGGGAUUUUUUAUGUUUCAGAGAGGGGGAAGAGGUUUAGUGUGUUCUUGAAUGAGGCUUAUGAAGGUUUGGACUUGGUUGAGAAAUGCCCAUUGGUACUUUGGAAAGAAAAGGUUCAGCGCCUCAUUGGAUAUAGAGGAAAAAAGAAGAAAAUUGAGACAUUUGAGGACAUAGCUGACAUGGAUGACAAAGAUUUGGACAUGGAUGACAAAGAUUUGGACAUAGAUGACAAAGAGUUGGACAUGGAGGACAAAGAGUUGUUCGAUAGUGAUUCUGACAAUGACAAUGUUCAUGUGAAACCUGAGAAAAAAGAAACCGUUAGAGGUUUUGAGGAUGAUUUAUUUUCAGACAGCUCUGAAAUGGAUAUAGGAGUGGUUUCUAGUGCAUACUAUGAUGCUGAAAUAUCAUGAGGUCAUAGAUCUUGUCUUUCUUUAUGAUUUGGUUUUUUAUUUUUGAACAUUUUGCUUGCAAAUUCCGUAUGUUUGUCCUAAACUUUUGG